AUGACGAACAUGGUGAUGGCUCUGGGUUGCUUCGUCUGCUUCUUGUUCCUCCGGAAGAUGUACCCCAGCAUGUUCCAGCACAACCAGGAGGUGCAUGAACUCUUGCAGAACGAGCCUUACAAAUUGUCGGACGGCCUCCUUGCGCCGGUGCUGGCGCCCUUGAGAGUCAAAGUUGACGAUGCCAUCGAGAUUGCCGGGUUGGAUCACGGGCUCCUCAUCGAGUUCGCCCAGUUUGUUAUGAAGGUGAUGCUGCUUAUUGGCGCUCCAGCGGUGUGCGUUCUCAGUCCACUAUAUGCUUUUAGCGGUGGACACGCAGCAGACAACCGACUGAGCUUGAUCGGCUUUGCCAAUGUGAGUGAGUAA